AUGGGAUCGACAGAGGCUUUUAAAUCAGAGAAGAAUUCAAGUCAAGAAAAUUGCACAAUUUGGAUGUGUCUUCGAUACGCCAUCGAUGGAGUCCGGGGAUUGCGUGACAGCCGCAGCGGCGAAUUCGUGAUUGGGGCGGUGAGAUUUCACGUGAUCAUCCACAUUGCGCCAUCUCCACGCCCUCGCACCUCAAUCGAUCACUUCCUACGCUUCCGACAGGCUGAUUCGCUACCAUUUGGUUUGACUGGGGUGAAACGGGGCAGUCUAUCUUUGUAUGCUUCAGGCUAG